AUGACAAGCUCUAGCCAGCUGCCAUUAGCCAACAAUCCGAGACCCUCGGGGUCUUCUGUUCUUCCUCCGCAGCCCCCGACCUAUGCACAUCAUCUUCCGUCAAUACCACCAAAGAAGUCUUCUGUAGCCUCAUUUGCACUUCCACAACCUAGAGGUGGAGAGCACUUUCACCCUUCUGCUUCUGCUUCUUCCGCUUCUGCGUCUGCUUCUGCUUCACCUUCCUUAACACUCUCAUAUGCUAACGCGUCACCAGCUCAUUCGUUUGGAGGCAUGGUCGGAAUCCAACAUUCUUCAGACCACCAUCCAUCCAUGACCACUCCAAUGCCGUCCCUACCACCUCUCCACCCACUAACUCCUUUUGAACCAAUCGGUCCCCCUAGUGUGGUCCGUGCCAGCAGUCCAGCUGCAAAUGCAUCUCAGUCAUCUCACGACUCCACACAGGCAAACUAUCGGCCCUUGAAUGUGCGGGAUGCACUUACUUACCUUGACCUGGUCAAAGUGCGCUUCUCGGAUCAACCUGAUGUUUACAAUCGAUUUCUUGAUAUUAUGAAAGAUUUCAAAAGCCAAUCGAUCGAUACUCCGGGAGUAAUUGAGAGAGUAUCAACACUUUUCAAAGGGCACCCAAAUCUAGUAUCUGGAUUCAAUACUUUUCUACCACCGGGUUAUCGCAUUGAGUGUUCUAAAGAUCCUCGUGAGCCAGAUUUGAUCCAUGUCACUACCCCAGGAGGAAUUACAACUACCACUGGUGGUUCGGACUCCCGACAUCCAGAAACCACAGAACCUCCUCAUGGACCUCUUCUUAUGACCUAUUUUACUCCACCAUCAAAACCUCUCCACCAACCUGAACCACCCUUAACCACCAAUACAACUCCUACAGAUCAAUCUUCACACAACAAUGGAGCUAAAAGGCCUCCAAUUGAGUUCAACCAUGCCAUCAAUUAUGUGAACAAAAUCAAGAAUCGAUUUGCAAGCGACCCAGAUACAUACAAGCAGUUUUUGGAGAUACUUCAAAUGUAUCAAAAGGAUGAAAAGGCUAUCCAAGAUGUAUAUUCUCAGGUGCAGUAUCUGUUUAACGGAUCUCCUGAUCUCCUGCAUGAGUUCAAACUGUUUUUACCUGACGUGUCCGGUCAAAAUCCACCAGUUUACGAUCGUGGAUCCAAGAGAAGCAUACUAGGACCACCACAGAAUGGUCAAGCUAUUCCACCUGGAAAAAAGAAGAAAAUGGCAAAUAGUGACCAGGAAGUAUCCCGACAAGGAUCUCAGGGACCUGAUAUGAUUGACAGAUACGAAUACGCUGGCUCAUCAGAUCCCAAUCGCCCGUCUGUCUCAUCUGAAGACGAGGUUCUGUUUGAGAAGAUUCGUAAACACAUCGGAAAUAAGCCAUCCUACGAAGAGUUCCUCAAGACCUUAAAUCUCUACAGUCAGCAGAUCGUUGACAUGAACACUCUGAUUGACCAAGUCCAAGUCUUUUUGGGAAAUAACAAGAAGCUUUUUGAUGCUUUCAAGUCCAUGGUUGGGUAUGAGCCUACAGGUCGUAUUCUCACUAUACCUCCUACAGUCAUUCCAAAACCAGACAUAAUGCAUUGCAAGACUGUAGAAAUCAGCCCUAGUUAUCGAGCUGUGCCCAAAAGCUGGCAGAAUCAGCCUUGUUCUGGAAGAGAUCAGUUGUGUUGGGAAGUCUUGAAUGAUGGAUAUGUAUCCCACCCAAUUUGGGCAAGUGAAGAUAGUGGAUUUGUUACAUCCAAGAAAAAUCAAUAUGAGGAAGCGCUCCAUCGUGUGGAAGAAGAACGAUAUGAUUACGAUCUCAAUAUUGAAGCCAAUCACAACGUUAUUGCUCUUUUGGAACCCAUCGUUGUUCGAUUAGAGACAAUGACUCCAGAAGAGAAAUCUAAUCUCCGUCUAGAGCCUGGCCUAGGUGGACAAUCUGUUUCAAUAUAUACCCGGAUAAUCAAAAAGGUGUAUGAAAAAGAGAGGGCGGAGGAGAUCAUUGAGAUGCUUUACACAAACCCCGCUCAAGUAGCACCCAUUCUUUUAAAACGACUGAAGAAGAAGAACGAAGAAUGGAUCAAAGCUCAGUAUGAGUGGAAUGGUAUUUGGCGUGAACUGGAUGCAAAGAACUUUUAUAGGGCACUUGAUUACCAAGGAACAACAUUUAAGAGUAAUGACCGUAAGGUGAUUGUGGUAAAGUCUCUUGUUACCGAGAUCGAGACGAUGCAUCACAAUCAACAGACCGAAAAAAGUACUUUACAGCCCAAAUCAAACUAUCAGUUUCUGUCAAUACUUGAUGACCCAGAUGUCUUCAAGGACAUCACUCGUCUUGUUUUUACAUUUAUUGAAAACCAAGGAGGGUUUACAAACAAUGAUCGUGAAAAGAUCCGAACCUUUAUUCAAACUUUUAUCCCCAUGUUUUUCCAUGUGGAUGAUGUGAUGCCUGAAAAGCAACAAAACUACACCGACGAGGCUGACGAUGAGAUUGUGUAUGAAGAAGAUGAAGAGGACGACGACGAUGUCAAUACGUCCGGCUCUGAGGACUCAGAAGCUGAUGUAGAACGAGAACGAGCCAACUCGCCUAAUAACAACUACCAAACCCAACCACCACCACCACAGCCCCCGUCCACUCGCCGACGUCAUGGAAGAGGGAGUCGCAACCAUCAGGAGGACGAGGCAGCAAUGGGACUUUUACGUGACGUGCUGACCAAGAACACUGGUUCUCUUACAACCAACGAUGCAGGAACAUCUGCGCAUGUUAAUGGUAAAUUACCCUCUGAAUCACCAGAUUCUGGACUUGUUUCUGAAGAAAGAAUAGUCAAGACAGAAGUCGAUGGAACCGAAGAAGCAACGACUGCAUUUCCAAAAGAAGAUCCUUCUUCUGCCGAAGCUGAAGAAAUAUCAGAUCGAUCCGCAUCUCCUCUUGUCACUGCUACUGCUACUGCUGCCACUACUGCUACUACUGAUCAAUCAAGCAACCAUCAGAGCCACACAUUGUUUGCAGCAGCGGCAGCGGCUACUGCGCCAGGAAUGCGAAAAAGAACUGCGUACAAUUUUUUUUGUAAUUCCAAUUUCUAUUGUCUAUUCAGAUUAUAUGAGAUGCUCUAUGAAAGAUUAUUGAAGAUGAAGAAACAUAGUGAAGAGAUAAAGGCAAAUCCUCGCAAGGGAAAAACAUUCAACAAAAUGGCACUUGAUCUUGGGUUUUACAGUCAUCGUUUUGAAGAUAUCGAUCUUUCCGGAAGCUAUUAUGCUGCUCUUUUGGGCGUCAUUGAUCGUUUUUUUGAAGGCGAGCUAGACCAGACCUUGUUUGAAGAAAGCGCACGCUAUAUUUUUGUGACAGAGGCAUAUACAAUGUUUACUAUCGAUAAGCUUGUACUUGCUGUAAUAAAGCAGAUUCAAGCUGUAACUAUGGAUGUCAAGUCAGUUGAACUUGUCAAAUUGUUUCGUAGUGACCAAUCUUUAGAAACAGUCUCGCCAAGAACAUUGUCUGUGUAUCGUCUUCGAGUAGAAGAUGUAAUAGGAUCUGAUGAAAAUCUUUACAAAGUCAAUUUUAACACAGGAGCACAUGUUAUGACAAUUCAACUGUUAGGAAAAGACGAGUACAUGCUUGAACCAACAGCUCAAGACCAAUAUGAAGAUUAUGUAGCAAGCUAUAUGUGCUGGUCCUACAAUACAGAGGGAAUUGAUACCGAAUCAUUGAGACCAUCUUUUCUUCAGCGAAAUCUAGAAGUCUGUAACAUGGAUCUUGACAAUAUCUAUGUGCGAUCUAAACUUCAGUACAAAAUAUCCCAAGAAUCAUACCAUAUGUUUUACAUAAUUGGCUCCGAAGAUCUAUUCGUUCGUCCAAAUUCAGCUAGGAAACCUGAACAAGAGAAAGAGCAAAAAGAUAAAAGCGUAGAAAAAUCAAUAUCAAAUACACAAUUGUCAAAAUGGCAAAAUUGGCUUCAAUCACCUACUACCGGAUGGUCCAAAGAUAUCAGUAAUGAGGACGAAAGAAUGGAAGUCGAAUUAAGAACAAAGCAAUUGCUAGCUCAUGGAAUCGAUUAUGUACCUGAAAGCAAUCCUUCAUAA